AUGGUCCCUGGACGCGAAGCCACUGAGGAGGAAGUUGACGAAUUCUUCGACAACCUGUUUUCCAACCCAGUAUACGAAGCUCGGGAACCCGAUCCGCCUCCUGAGAAAACAGGUAGUGUCACGAAGAAUGAGAACCGGUUGAAGGGUCUGGGAACGAAGCACUAUCAGGGCAUAUUGGACGAGAUUACCACCGAGGUAUCCGUUCGAGUGCGUCGAGAGCAGGGCGAAAAAGCGCAAGCUGGCAGUACCGAUGAAUCAGGAGAAGAUGCUGCGUCUUCAGCUGCCAGCGUUUCAGAAUCCCCAACCACUGCAUCCCCGUUGCCUGCUGAUGUUGCAGCAUCACUAGCCGCUGAACGUCGUGCCAAAUUCGUGUCACGGAAUAAUUUCCCUACUGCAAAAGUUCUGAAUUCCAAGCAUUUUGUGGAGGGGCUAAAGUUCCGUCGUCUGGGAGAGAGCGACUUGGUCGUCAGUGAGUUAGGCAUUGGCACGUCGAUGUACGAUAACCCUGAACUCAUUGACCACGACCACGCCGUUGAGUUACUAGAGACUUCUCACAAACUUUACGGCAUAAACUUUUACGACACCUGCGAGUACGACCCGUAUCCGUAUGAGCCUCGUAGUUACCUCGAAGGCCAGCAUCGCAGCAUGCGCAAGUUUCUGCGUCGCGUUAAACGCGAAGAUGUUGUUAUAUCUGGGCGAAUAUCGUCUAGCAACUUGGGGAAGUUUCGCACUCGAGGGCGUUUCUUGUCUUGGGUUCGUGGGGACAUAUCGUCACCACCCACUCUAUCGGUGAUAGAGAAGGCAGUGGAUAAGCUUCUGGAUCGUCUGGGUACAGACUAUUUGGACAUCUUGUCCUUUGUGCACCCUUACCGAUACGUGCCGAACGCUCACCUUGGAGAGGAUACUUACUGCUGGGCCAAUGAACGCGACGUGUUCAGCGGCGCAGCCCCAGAGGAUGCGGAUGAAUGUGCGUACGAUGCCGACGAACUCCUUUCCGCUCAAUGCGAAAUCUUCGAAAAACUGAUUAGCAAGGGGAAGGUGCGUUCCAUCGGCCUGUCGAACGAGACGGUUUGGGGCCUCUCCCAUAUGAAGCACAAGCCGGGCCGCCAGUUCCCUGUGGCCUGUACACAGCAGAUGUACAACCUGUUACAUCGUAACGAGUUGGAGUCCAGUGGCAUGUCGGAGGCAGUAUUAAAGGAAAAUCUGAACUGCCCAAUCAUAGCCUACGGUAUACUUGCAGGAGGCAUUCUGACUGGGAAGUACAUAGACCCAGAGCGACACAACCCUAUGGGCGCCGACAAGACGAAGGAGAAUGCAACACUUGCGGACAAACACGACUACCCUCGUGAUUUUGAGAUCCCAGAGGAUUAUGGUCACCUGAGCUACGGCCCGGCAAAUGCGCGCUGCAACCUCUUUCCAGACACCUUCCACACCCACAGAACCGUUUGGUCUCAGCAUGCCACUGCGGAGUACCUGAAGGUUGCAAGGACUCACGGCAUGACCCUUGCCCAGCUUAGCCUCUCCUGGGUUCUUAGCCGACCAUUCAUCGGAUCUAGCUUGGCAGCGCCACGCAGCAUUGGUCAGCUGCACGAAACCAUUGCAGCCCUGAACUAUCCGAUGACACGUGAGAUAGAGAACGACGUUCACGAGAUCUUCCUCCGAUAUCGCGCUCCAACCAUGGGCGGCCCUCAGCUCCUUACCCGUCUCGACGACGACUAUGCCGUCCCUAUGUCGCAGAACGACCGCAUGCGAAAAGGCGCGGUCCCCAUUUGGAGCGGUGGGUCGCACUGGGAUAUGGAUUCAAUUCCAUCCAUUUCACGCAUCGCCGAGGAACGUAAGCAUGACGAGGCGUACGUGGAGACUGCAUCUUUAUUCGGGUUGUUCGACAAGCCUAACGACGCAUGUUGGCGCAACUACCGUUGCUGGGUAGAGAGGACCAGCGAGGGCCUUCCAGGAGAAUACUUCGCCGUUAAGGAGAGUAAAUUGUUCGGCUGGGACACAAUGAAGCUCGACGAGUUCACGGUGGUGCCUAAAACCCCCGAGGAGGUUGCCCGUGACGACACUAGCGACUUCCACUUCUACUGGAAGGGCGGACAGGUGUACGUGGGUCCGACCAGUGACGCCAUACGCGCAUUUUACGACGACCAAAUUGCGGUUUGCAACGUGAUGCGCGAACGUGAGGAAAGCUUUAAAAGGGGUCUCGACGUGGAGCAACUUCCCGAGGGUUUCCGAGUUUGGUCAUCCCUUGACGCGGAUCUGGUGUUCAAAAGGUUGCGUGACAAAUUCGGAAUCGACAUAACCGAGCCGCGUCUGCUUGAAAGGUUGAUGCUGGACUGCGGUCGUGAAGUGGUGGCGCUGUCUGCGGCGGAGCGUCGUUGCGAGAAGUUCGCGUAUUUCGAGGAUCGUGAGCACUUUUUGGAGCCAGAAAUUGAGGUCUCUGAUGUAGACAAGAAGCGCACUACCCCGCUGUAA